AAACAAACAUUGCGGCAUUGGUUGGACACAAUCCUGACACGACUGUGUGCGCCAGUAUGCUGCCGUUUCUUGCUUGCAGCUACAAACAUAAUUCAUCCAAUCCGUUGCUUGUUACACGAGAUCCACCAGAGAAGAAUGCGGUGCUGGUUGCUCCUGGCAGCCAUAUGUCCUGCGUUGGCAAUCAGAGAAAGAGAUGAGAACGGCUUAAACUUUCUUGAGGACCGGGCUGCUCGGGGGAGAAAGGCGGCGGAGAGAGAGAAAGGCGUGAACCUGUACAUGCUGGCGGAAGUGAUGUUUGUGGGCGAAUGUUCCAUUUUUGGACUGGACCAACGGCUGUUGACAGUGGUGGUGGAGGACAUGAACAAACCCUCGCGCUACUACAAGAUGCACAAGUUCCAAUUCAAAAUGGUAGAUAUGCGGCGACACAAGAAGGCAUUCAAAGUGAAGUUGGAAGAUGUGCCCAUCUCUGCAAAUCUCAUGGCCACCGUGUACGUAAAGCAGAUGAAUUCCUGGUUCGACAUUGAUCAGUGGCUGGGCUGGUCGCUCUGUGGCCGCAAAUCCGCGCACAUCGGCUUCCCGGAUCGCUUCAAGGUUCAUAUCCAGCCCUUCGCAAAGGAAUCUGCGGAAUUUUUCUACCAAUACAUCCAGCUUACCUUCCGCGCAGAGCACGAGAAGGUCAUAAAGCAGCUUCCACCACCGACUGAGGUGAUCGAGUCAGCGAAGACCCAUGGCCGCCCACUCGUCAAACAAGUCGAGGUGGAGAACCAGAGCCAGAAGAGGGACGAUGAGGAGGAUCAAGAACUUGUUGUGCCUCCUGUUUCUCCUCCUCCAGAAGUUGGAGAGCCGGCGGAGCCAGUGGAUCCAGCGGAGCCAGCGGAGCCAGAGGAGGCUCCAGUUGGAACAGAGCCCGAACCACCACUGGAGGGCUCUUUGAGCAAGGACGAAGAUGAGGGAAUCGAGAACAUUGACCAGCAACUGGACCAGGAGAUGUCAUCUGACAAGGACGAUACUGACAAGGGUGGGAUGACCAAGCUUGAGGAGGAGACCACGCCUGAUUUGGCAGAUCUGUCCCUCAAGUCUGGACAGGAAGAGAUCAAGGUCGAAUCGGAGGACCUCGAGGACCUGGCAAGCCUGGCCAGUCUGUCGGGAAUGAAGCCAUGCCGCUGUGGCAAACAUGGAAUCUAUGUUUUGUUGCCAAAUCCUCCAAGAUGGCAAACAUUCUGACUGACAAUGGGGGUGUUUGAGGGAUUUAUUUAAAGCUGAGACUUCGAAGCGACGUUUCACGACACACUACACGGUCUGUGCGGAGCAGAGCGGAGCGCUGGGAGAGAGAGGAGCUCCGAAACGAAGCUCUGCGGGGCGAUAAGGCGAGAUGUGCACCAUGUGCUUUGUUCGGGUCAGAGCCGUCAGAGCCUGGCGAACGCCCAUGGGUGGAGCUUGGGUUUAGCAGCGCAAAUGAACCCCGCAGAGGUAAUUUCAGUUGAAGUGGUCCCGUGCGAGAGGGUGUAUGGACAGCCUCCGCUGCAUGGCGGCUUUUGAGAUAUCGUGGUGCUCAAGUACAGUACAUUCACAAAUACAAAGCCUUUCCAGUGCAUUUUCCAAGAGUCAGAGGCAUUCUAGUUGAUCUGCGAUUGGUGAGUUACGGGGCACUAGAUGAUUGGGGUCGGCGAUUGGGGUCGGCGACAAGCAGGCAAACCCAUCUCAGCAUGAUUAUGGCGACCAUGAUCUCAGGGCAGUUUGGAGCUAUUUUCAACACAAGGUCAAGCUUGGCGUUGAGCUCCAAGUAACAUCAAAUAACCAGCUUUAGAUUAUCAUCUGCAGUGGGGAUCAGAGUGAGCCACCGUCCGCUCCAGACAUUGUGGAAGCGCUUUGUGACAUGGACGACUGCAAUGAGAAGUGCAACUCCUCUGAUUCGGCUGGUUUCGGAGAUACAGAUGAAAGUUGAUGAAACCCAGUUGGUGGUGACACCAUAUAUUCUUGUGGUCAUAGCCACAAAUGGAGGAACCAAAGGUAUUUGAAGCUAUGAGUGCCAGGUUGGAUAAAUGGAGAAACCCUGUUUCAGCGCCACAGCCACACCUCUGCUCGCUAACCUCAUCUUGGGGACAACAAAGACUCUUCUGCUUGUGGCUUUGGCACCAUACUGUUGCUGCAACAGGAUGCUGCAGGAGCAUUGCAGCAUGCUUACUCAUUUUGGUUCCCCUUGGUGAACCAAAACCCUGCGAUCGGCCCAAGAUGGUCUUCCACACUGCCGUGGUCCUUACGAGAUCGGCCUCCAGCUUCGAAGCUGAGGCAGCGGAGAUUGGAAUGGUGUGA